CUGGAAACGCAAACAUAACUGACAGCACGUCCGUGGUUUUUGUGCGACUGAAAAAUUGUGUAAAGAAAAUCCGCAUUUUCCGCAGUUUUAUCACUCCCUGGACUUUCUCAAGUGUUCCACAAGCAUUUCCAUCAACUCCUGAAUCUCGAUCAUUACAAAAAUACCACCGUUCAACUGAGGAGAAGCCGCAAAAAUAAGCGACAUGGCAUCCACAUCCACACGCCCAGAGCCCACGGCGCCGCCGUGCGAGGAGGAGGAGCCUUCGGCGUCCACGUCGCAGGCCAGAGACGCGUCGGAGGAGGAGAAGAACGCCGCUGGGGCGUUUGAGUGCAACAUCUGCCUGGACACUGCCAAGGAUGCCGUGGUGAGCAUGUGCGGCCACCUGUUCUGCUGGCCUUGUCUGCACCAGUGGCUGGAGACGCGGCCCACGCGGCAGUUGUGUCCUGUGUGCAAGGCAGCCAUCAGCCAGGAGAAGGUGAUCCCACUGUAUGGGCGCAGCAGCGAGCAGAAGGAUCCGCGCACCAAGGUGCCGCCGCGACCUGCGGGGCAACGCACGGAGCCGGAGCAGGCGCCCGGCUUUCAGGGAUUCGGCUUCGGUGACGGCGGCUUCCACAUGUCCUUCGGCAUUGGCGCCUUUCCCUUUGGCUUCUUCACGUCCUCCUUCAACUUUGGCGAUCCUAGGCCCAGUGCAGCUCCACGGGGAACAAUGCAGUUCGAGGAGGAGCAGUUUCUGUCGAAAGUAUUCCUCUGGGUGGCGAUCCUGUUCCUCGCGUGGCUCCUCUUGGCGUAGCACUGCUGAAGCACGA